UGACCGGGUUGUUCGUUUCUAUAAGCAAUUCACAUAAUUUCACUGCUUGUCGCAACUUUUAAUUGUUGAUUGACAGCUAACCGAUAUCACUUUACUUCUCUCCGAGUAUAUGGGUAGAUUAAGAUUAGGAAAGAACAAUGUCAUUGACGUCAGCAGCUACUCCUCGAAAAUUGCCAAUCUUUGUGUUUCCACAAAGUAUUACAUUCUAUUUGGACGACCAGUCCACCCACAAGCAAGUGUUAACUUUGUAUAACCCAUAUGAAUUCCCUGUAAAAUUCAGAGUAUUAUGUACUGCACCAUACAAAUAUCAAGUGGUUGAUCCAGAAGGUAUAAUAAAAGCCAGUUCUUGCGUUGAUAUUGUUGUCAGACAUACAGCGACUUCGACAAAUAACUGUAAUGUGAUUGAUAAAUUCAGGAUACACAUGCACGAAUAUCCUACUAAGCAGAUAAUUGGGAAAAGAGAUGUAGAAGCUAAACUUCUCCCUGGAACAGCAGAUACAGCCGGGAGAACGACACCAGAUCCAGAUGUGUUUCAACAACUUCCAAUAAAUGAGAAUCGGCAACAAGAAUCCUAUGCACUCAUAAGCCGAAAUAAAACAGUAGACAGAGGUACGAAUUAUGUAGCCCUUAUUGCAGGAAUUAUAUGCAUAAUUGGAUUGCUUCUACCCACUGAGGGAGAACAAAAUCGCAGAAUGCCUGAUUAUUUGCAUCUCUCUGUGAAUUUCAAAUUAAUAUUCUCAUUUGUGUUAGGUAUGGUUGCAAAUAUCGUUUUAGGACUAUAAUUAUUAAAGUUUUAUACAAUUGACAACUUUACAUAGGAUAGAGACUCAUAGUAUAAAAGCACAAUUAUCGCAAGACUUUAUUACAUUGGACCUCCUUUCUUAUAAAAUGUACUUGAUUCUAGUCUACGAAUGAUAAAUUUCAACGUUGUAUUGA